UUAUAAAAAGUUUAUGAUUGUAUUAGAAAUGAUAUUUGAAUUAUUUUAUGAUUACUGUGUGUAUUUUGAGAAUAUGAAUGUCUAAAAAAUGGCAUUAAAACACCUCCCAAGUGUCCUGAAAAGUGGAUUUGAUGGAGAUUGCUUGCUGGGAGCCUAGACUUCGGAGCUGAUUUGGCCUGCCUGAGCAUUGUAACUGUGUGCUUGAUGGACAGUGUCUGGUAUUUUCUCAGCACCAGAGGGAGGUGCCUUCCAGCAGAACCGUGGCAUCUGGGGACAGCUGAUUUGGGAAGUGAUUUUGUCUCCUUCCCACAUCUUCUCAGGUCUACAACAUUAAAGCAGAGCUUUAGGAGGUCGUAGUCGGCAAGGCAGUCCCCAGGUGAGCGUGUGAGGGCCGUGUAACCCCUGCUUUUGCGCAGGCGCUGUGGAUCCCCUGCCACAGCAAAGCCGGCGCGAGUAAGGCCCGUGAUUUUAGGCUUCCUGUAAGCACCGUGAGCGCUGCCACGUGUUCUGGACGGAGAAGCCCAGGAGUGGAGUGGGGGCCUCCAGCACUCUGGCCACUACCCCAGGUGCACAAAGGAAGCCAAUCCAGCUUGUAGUUGAUACAAUCAUUGGCUCACUGAAAUCUGGUGAGCUUCACACGCCCUCUGCCUGGCCGCACAGCAGUGGCCCCUGUGCGCCCCAGACGCGCUUUGGCAGCAGUCUCUGCACUGGACAGGGGCCCUGGAUGUACAGCUCCCUGUCUACUUGGGUUUUUCUUUGUUUUAAACUUGUUUUUGUUGUUUUUAAUGUGGAUUAAUUUUUAAAUGUUUUACUACCACUCUGUGUGUUCAGAGAGAGCAUUGAGUAUGAGUGUGAAUCUCCGUGAGUUUCACGCAGAGACAAAGUGCAAAGUGCCGGAAUGCGACUCCCUGUGCUCUGGAUGGCCCAGCUGCCAGCGCUGAGACCCCGCGUCCAGCCACUGUGUUCUGGCACGUGCAGGUGCCACGGGUGUGUGGAAACACACAGACAAGUUGUACUUCUUUGUUGGUUUGUCAAAGGGUCACAUGUAAUCCUCUGUGCUGAACUUGUUGUUUCCUGAGAGUCUGUCUCUGAGAUUCCUUCUUGAUCCCGUUGACCUUGGCCUGUGCUCAGUUCUCGCGGCUGCCUCACAGGGACCAGCACACCAGCUUUGGAAAGGGAGAUGGGUGAUAGAUACAUUCCGCUUUGUGAGCCGUGUCGUCGUCGCCACGACAGCGCAGCCCUCUCGGGGAGAAGCAGCGUGGGUAGCACAGGAAUGACAGACACAGUAGCGCGUACUGAUGAAGCUCCAUGUACAAGAGCAGGCCUGGUCUGCAGUUUGUAAGGUUUGCUGUUGUGGGACUGUGCCACCACGAUGGGUCCUGCUGUUCGUAGACAGCUCAGCUGGCAGUCACUGCCCCGUGAGCACUCGAGGGCGUGGUCCCAUGGAUGUCGUUCGUGUCUCCCUGCCUCCUGCUCAGUGAUUAAUCCAUCGGAAGCUUCCGCUUCAGUCUACCCUCUGUCACAGGUUCAUCUGUGCUGCGCUCAGAGGAUGCUGACGUCCUAACCCAGCAUGUGUGAGUGCGACCUUGUUUGCAUGCAGUCAUCAGAGUGGGCCCUUGUCCAGCCUUGGGACACACUGGACAGAGACGAGCACAGGGGACGGUGUGAGGGUGCAGGGGGAACACUCUGAGCAAGCGCCAAACACAGGAGGCCACCAGGCGCCGGGAGAGGGCCCUGGCUCCCAGCCUCCCUCAGUCCUCAGAAGAAACCACUGUCAGUGCUGUGUGUGGAGAAUGAAGUGGCUUCCUUGUUUUGUGCUGUGUGUCUUCGUUGCCACAGCGAAGGACACAUUGAUACCUACCCUGAGGGGCCACUGAGUGGCAUGUGGGAGAAAACACCUGUGGUUCACCCUGAGCAGGUGAGUACAGUGAGCAAACAGUCGGUGCUCACUCCCAGGAUGCACCACGCAGGGGCUGGCCCGUAAGAGGCAGAAGCAUGCUUUGAGCUUCUUUCUGAAUUGUUCAGUGCAGCCGUUCCUUCUGCAUCCCCAACUGUGUGCCUUCUCUGGACAUUUUUCUGGGUAUUGCCUUUAUUACUAUUCAUCCUGCAAUGUGGCAGACUUUCUUUUUCCUUUAAGAUACAGUGAAAUUGGCGGCUGUGAAAGGCUGACUGUUUUUCGAGAUGCGCUGGCGAUGCCAUGCUCUGGUGCUCACACCAGGGGGCCUGGAAGCCAGCUGGGGAAUUCAGAUUGUAGGCCCCAGCACGGCCAGCGACCGUGGGAUUGUAAGAGCAAGGUCGGGGCAAUUAGAAUCUGCCUCAGUGAGGACAGACUCAUAAAGCCCUUUUGAUUUUCUGUGACUUCACGCAUGUGAAGCUGCUUCAUUUGGAGAGACUUAAAAGUAUGAACGCCGCUCUUGGAAAUCAGGAAUCUGUUCUAUUGCAUUUUUUUGAUCUAUUAAUUUAUAGAGAGCCGAUGUCAUGAGUCUCAAAGGUAUGAUUCCAAGAAUACAGUGGUACUUUCCCCCCUACCCUCUCCCUCCUCCUUUUUUUCUUUCAAUUGGUGGUGACAGUAAACUUUGUUCCUUUAUAGUGGUAAGCUCAGUGCUCCUGUAAACACAGAGCUCUACAAGUGAAAGGUGGAGACUCUCAUUGCAGAAGUACGAAACAGGACCCCUUCCUUUUACCCUGUAUAAAAAUCAAUGUACAGUGGAUCUCAGGGUCUAGACCUAAGACCUGAAACCUUCUGAUGACUGGAGGAGGACCGAGGGGAAACGCUGUGGCACAUUGGCCUAGGCAGGGACCUCUUGAAUGUAUGUCAAUCUUACAAAGAAAACCUGAAUUUCAUCUUUGCCACUGAUGGUGUGGCCCAGCGAGCAUCGGCAGUGUGUGGUGCCAGUGAGCGGGGCACACCGAGGCCAUCAGCCUUCAAAGAUGGACGCAUCAGAGCUGGGCACUUCCACUGGCCUGUUGUUAAAAGACAUCAUCUUCAUCUUCUGCCUCUAAUAUAACACGCACAUUUUUCUGGCAAUCAAACUAGUGAGGUUGCAUUUGUAGAAAACCAAUGCUUUUAAUGCUGCACAAAGUAGAAUUACGAGGAAAGCGAAGCCCAUAUUAAAAACAGCGGUGACUGCUGUGUGGAUGAACUGUGCUGUAACGUGAGUCCCCCUCACUACCCCCAAGCUGGCAUGGUGCGUUCACUGGGUCUUUCAUCCUUGAGGGAGGAAUACAGUUCCACAGAUUCCAAUCCGUAAGCCCGGAUCCUUCGCAGUUUAAGGGCGUCCCAUGGUCAGUCUGUAGGUCCAGAGCUGGACGAGGUGUUCUGUAGUUCCCCUGAGAGCUGGCAGCGGGGUGUGGAGUCCUGGGCGUGCUUGUGUCAGCUGGGCAGCGGGUGGGAGGAGCAGGUUUCCUCAGUCAGCAGGACCGCGCGGACAGGCAGCCUUCGCCAAGGCAGCACCGACUCGGGCCCUCGCCGCGUGAUGCCUUGAGAUUUUUAACCCAGCAGGGUGACCCUCCUUCUUCUGAGAGAUGGUGUCUUCUCUCACCAUCAGUCUACAGGUAAAAUGAAAACUACGGAGGGUUCUUAGCUUUGCAGUAUUUUGUUAGCAAAUGUUUUGUUGCUUCAGGAAGGUUGAUGCUAUCUAAAAGGAGUGCAGGCCCUGUCUGUCCAAAGACGUGAAUGUCCUGAGAACAUCUGUCAUGGGAAAGGGGUGAGAAUACACAAUCAAAUGUCUGUAACCAAAUGCCCAGACCUCCCAGAACAAGUGGCCCAAAACAUCUUUGCACUUUAACUCUGAGUAGCUGCUGCUGUCUGGUUCAGUGCUCUCUGCUCAGGGACAAGUCUGGCUCCUUUGGGGCCUUUUCUGCCAGCCACUGACAAGAAUGCUGUUCCAAAGUGAAAUCAGAGAUCUGAUUGUAGAUUGAAUCUCACCCCCCAGAGUACGCGGUAGAUGGAAGCUGCCCAUUAAAUCAUCAGCUUUUAAUUAAGUCCUUUGCAGCUUAAAGAUCCCCAGACUCAGCGAUAAAUGUAUUGUGCUUCAAAUUAGUUACUUCUUAUUUUUAUUUUUUAUACUUUUAUUUAAAAGAGCUAGAGAGAGAGAGAGAGAGAGAGAGAGAUGGAGAUCUUCUAUCGACUGGUUCAUUCCCCAGACAGCCGCAGUAGCUGGAGUUGGGCAGAUCCGAAGCCAGGAGCCGGAAGCUUCUUCCUGGUUUCCCUUGUGGGAGCAGAGGCCCCAGCACUUGAGCCAUGUUCGGCUGCUUUCCCAUGGGCAUUAGGGGGGAGCUGGAUUGAAAGUGGGGCAGCCGAGACUUGAACUGGCACCCGUGUUGUAUGCUGGUGCAGCAGGCGGCAGCUUUACCUGAUAAUGCUGUAGUGUUGGCCCUAUCAGUUUAGUUGUUUUUUGGUACUCAACUCAACAUAGAAAAAUUGUGUGUGUUUGCCAAGUUAAGCAGCAGUGGCCCCCUCUGGGCUCCUGAACACAGCACAAUAAGGGGUUGGGAGCACUGUGGUCAUCACGGUGGGGCCACACGUGCACCCCAAGGCCUGCCCGUUCUGUGACCUGGCAGCCAGGAGCUGUCCUCACCUCUGCUACGCAGGCAGGUGACGUUGCAGGCUGGAGUGCUCCCAGGGUGCCUGCUGUCCUGUUAGCAUGCCACUGCCUUGACCUAGUUGUGCUUGGGGUGGGGCUGGAUCAUCAGACUGGCUUUAGCCACGUAAGUGUUGGGGGCCCAGUGUGCCAUUCCAGAACCUGGAACCUCAGAGGGCCUGUAUGUGUCCACUUUCUCUCUCUACCUGGCCACUGCCUGUCACAGUUUAGGCAAGAGAGAGCCUGCCUGAGGCCCAUGACUCACAUGUGAGGGGCAGGGCUGUGUCGCUGCUGCCCCCGCUGCCCCACACCCAGGGACAGCACUGUGCUCGUCAGCAGUCAGCGUUGCUGUCGGCAUAGACACAGGAUGGUUUUCGAGAUGGUUCAGUGGGCUCCUAGUCACGGAGCUGGAAAGUUGCAUUAUUCUUUAGAGUACGCUAACUGCCUCUCAGCCACGAGGCCCAUGUCGCAUGCUCGGGGCAUGAGGGAGGAAGCUUCCUGUCAUCGUGUGAUGUGUAUGUCUGAGAAGUCCAACACGGUAUUCAGAACAUGGUCAGCAAAGCAAUAAAUAGUAAGACAGUUACCAGUAGCCCAAACACGUCACUGAUGAAUGUCCGUAACCCAUGGUGUGUAUAUACCAUGGAGCAUGGGAAAUGCAGCACCGUGGGAAAACAGCUCCACUGCUCCCUUUGGGACAAAACGUUUCCAAUACUAGGAGAGUUCUCUGAGAACAGACACAAGUGAAGAAAACUAUAACACAUGUGUCGUGAACUUAGCACGUCUUUGUGUGCAAGCGUUUGGGAUGCGAAAAGUUCCUAGAGGAGUAGUGUUGCAUGACACCAUAGAGUGUGGUGGUUGGUUUUACGUGCGGUGUGGGGUUUUGGUCAAAAAUUGCUUCUGGGUGUGUCCAUGAGAGUAUUUCCUGGUGAGAUCACUGCUGGUUUCCAGAGCAGAGUGUCGGAGCCUGAGCAGAGCGGGAGUGUGGGGGGAGGGGCAUCGUUCUCUGCCUGACAGUUGGGAGCUGAAACUUGGGUCUGCUCGGCUCUCACUGAGAUGGGAACCUUGCCUGCCGUGUCCUCCAUGCCGGCAGCAGGGGCCUCUUGGGUGGCAGGCAGUUCAUACUCCUUGCAGAUACCACCGACUCGGCCGUGGGAUCUCCCAGCUCUCAGGCCUUGGGCACUGACUGGACUUGCACCACGGCUCCCAUGGGUUUCAGAUCCUUGGAUCCCGACUGGACCUACGCAAACUGGGCCACAGAGACAUCGAAUAUCAAGAACAAGCAGCCCUUAAGGAACUGUGUCAGCAGAGGGGGCAUCGGUGCCGUGGCCCAUCAAGAAGCCAGCUCUUCCAGUCCAAGGGUGAGAUGCUGGCCUUAGGAGGCAGAGGGUGACUAUGGCACCAGCCUCCACAGCAGUACCGGGGGAGAACAUUGCAGGAAGUGGUGGCCAUUGUUUUUAAACAUAAUAACAGCAUAGAUUUAAAAUGGUAUUAUUACCAAAAUCAAAUUUAAAAUCAGUUUGACCUUGUAUUGUUUUUGCCUUUUGACAAGAAAAUUGAGCACUUUGCUGAAAACUGGUAAUGCCCUAGUGGAGUCAUGCAGCUGCUAGCCUUGUGCGUGCAGGCUCUGAUCUCCGCUGUGUUGGAUUCCAGCUGGUCAAGCCGAGCCGGCUGCCUGAGCUCUGCGCGUGGCUUCCCUAUUUGUGAAGUAGGAGAGCAGCAGUACUUACGUUCGGGGCGUGAGGAGGAAAGCCGGUCAGUGUGUCUGCAGUCUGCAGAUUUUACUGUGGGAGGUGCUGUGGUUUGGAAAUCCCUACUAGAACUGAUUCCCUGUGGGAAGUCCUAGGAGGCAGGACACGUGGAGUCGGGCAGAGGUCGUUGGUUCCUGAGGGCUGCGCCCUCACAAGGGGGUGAUUUUGGUGGAUUAACUGGCACUGCUAGCUCUGUCUUACCAUGGCUGUGCACAGAGUCCCCACCAGCAAGGGAGCCCUCCCCAGGGGCACUCACUGGUCUGGAACUUGAGCCUCCAGCAGCGGGAGCCUUUGUUCUUUAUAAGUUAGUCUCUGUAUUCAUUUAUCACAAUGGAAACGCACAGUUAAGACAUGGUGAUCUCCCAGUCUCAGCCCAACAAGAGAAAUCGGGAGAUAACUGGAGUGUGUCUUCACAACACCCACACCCCACUUCCUCCUCCCAGGAAGGGAGGUGAAAAGGUCAGACCACGGGCACACGGUCUGUGUACCAGCACUUCUCCCACGUCCACCAAGCCCGUGGCAUCCGACCAUUGCCCUCUUCUCUUUGGAUGACCCUGGGAUUUGCAAUCAGGGAGCUGCAUGUAGUCCCCUGGUAGGAGCCAGCUUCAGGAGAAGUCCCGUGUCCUCCCAGCACUGGUCAAAGGGAGGGACACAGAGCCUUCUUCACAAAGGAGCGUGAGUGUCCUCUUUGCUGUAGACGUCAUUGUCCCGGGAGCCUCACUACCGCACGCUUUGUGUCUAGAGGGGACGCGGUCUGGCAAGUCCAGCAAAUCUGAUUAUGCUUCCUUCCGUUUCUGUUCUGUGGGAUCCAAACAAGCACCCCACAUAUGUAAAUUUGAAAGCUAAUUAUGGGACGUUUUAUGUCUUCUUAACCAGAAGCUGAAAUCACUGUGUUUGAUAAGUGAAUUUUCAUUUUUCAAAAUCCCCAGGUAAAUAAUGAUUCUUAAACAUGGUUGCUGUGCAUCUGAAAGAAAGAAAACACAGAUGAAUGUGCACGGUGUCUGCGGUAGAUGGACCCGACCAAACAGCAGGCUGCAUGCUUCCUGGUAGGCCUAGUAAAACUGUUGAGAGAGCAAAUAAUGACAAGGAGGAGAUUCGGACCCUGUACACAGCACGUCCCCUGUGCACUCCUGCUGCUGGGCAGUUUAGCGAGCUGUUAGGGGAUUAGCACUGUGUAUGCAACCAAACGCAUUCCUGGCUCUUCACUGGAGAGAAUGAGUACAUUAAAUGGCUCCCAGCUGCCUCUGCCUGGGAAUUGCUGACUUGGAAAUGCUGUGUCCAGUGAACCUCUAGAGAGUGACCUAACCCCUGUGGAAAUGUGCGCACCCUCCUGAGAUCAGAGCACAAGUUCUCACUGGGUGAAAAUGCUAAUGCAGAAAUAACAACACCCUCUACACUGAUCCCUCUCUCCAGGAAUUGCAGUCAGUGACUAACUGGACCACUUUAUCUGGUUCCCUCCAGACUGCGCAACCAGGGAACUCUGACCUUGUCUGGAAGGGCACGUACAGGAACUGGCAAUUCAAGUGCGCCUUGCGUUGUGUCCUCACCACUUAGUAGCCCUUCCCACUUGGGUGCGUCUCAUGUCUAAGGUGGACGCUUGUGUCUCACAAGGACCAGAUGGCUCGGUUCAUGGGAAGGUGCCCGCGUGAGUUAGCUUCCAGAUGCAGGUGCCAUCCUGGCCCUGUGGUGGUCUGCGGAUGGUAUGAAUCCCAUUUCCUGCAAGCAGUGGUCUGUUUGGUCCACAGCCUCUCUGAGUCUACAUCUCAGCUCUGUUCCAGCUUAGAAGAUGGAAAGUACAAGGAAGCAGGUGUCAGCUCGUCAUAAGGAAAAGAUUGAUGGUUGUGACAUCUUGAAAUGGGUAAAAUUUGCUUUUCGUGAGUUCCCAUUUAUGACACAGAUUCUUCAAGGUCUGCUGGGGCUGUGCAGCACUGCUGCUCUCGGGCAGCUCCUGAGAUGAGUCAGCACACCGAAGCUUUGGAGUGAUUAUCCUGUGUCCGCGUCCUUUGCCACACCUGCUGAAUGAUCUUUUUGAGUUGAACAGCGAAGGAUUGCACACUGGAGCUGUAAAACACAGUGCAUUGCUUAUCUCAGUGCCCGCAAGUCAGAAGUGCAGCUUGGUCCCAGCUGGGUUCUGUGCUGAGGGUCCAGCAAGGCUGAAAUCAAGGUAGAUCGGAGGGACUCCUACCUGGAGGCUUUGGGGAAGUGCGUUCAGGUUGUCCUUAGAAUUCAGAAUUUGGUGACCUGGGACUGUUUUUAUCUAGAAAUCGCCUGCACAUCUCCUCUCCAGAGCAGUGGCCGUGGGUCAGAGCCUUCCAGUCGGACACACUUGCGAUCGCUUUGACUUCUGCCUUUUGUGCUAAACAGAGAACACUCCGCGCUUGUACAGGGCUGACUGCCUGCAUCAGACUCUCCAGAAAGUCUGCAGUUUCCGGUCAGCCAACUUGAGAUAGUGGUGACGUCUUCAGCAUCUUGCCUAGCAGCGCUAGAUUUGCGUUUGUCUGAAGGACUGUGGAGAGGAGUCGUGGGCACUCAGAAUAAGCCUGCCUACUGCAGUCACGCUAACCUGCAGCAAGCCUUCUUGUCUGAUGCCCACGGUGAGACAGCGCCACGGGUCACACAGAGUGCAUGUGCUUGCAACGGCAGACACCUCGGUCUUCACAGCGCCCGUCCCUGAUUGGAGUCACGUACCCGGUUUUUGUGACUGUUUGGUAAUAGUUACUGAAGGUACAUUGGUCUGUGUUGUUCUCAUUGCUGUACCCGCAAUGCACAGUACACUGAUCAACAAGUUACAGGCACUUGGGACAUGUUUAUUAAAGGAGAAGCUAAACAAGUGAAUAACGAUGAUAUUUCUGCUAUUUCUCUGGAUGGAAAAUUCCACAGCUUGGCAGUAGAAUUUUUAGUGAAUUCAGAGUUAGUGCAGAUGAAAUCUGUUUGCAUCUUGGUAGACAUGCCUAAAGCAGGGAGGGCACAGAUUUUCUGUUAACUUUUCACACAGCAUCUGACCCAAGACUCAUUUGCACCAGAUGCCUGAAUUUAAAUCUUAUUCCUGGAGAGCUGGGAUAGCCUCUAAAGAUGUUCACACGUCACAUCAUUUGACAUCAGACCGUAGACAGCGUCCCGCGUUUACCCUCAGUGAAGUUCCCAGUCUCGUUUCUGUUCUUUGGGUUUUCAGCACAGUCCAUCCUGUUUGUCCUCCAGUUUGAAUUCCCACGUGGAUCCUCAGAACCUGAGUGUGUUUGGGAAUAGGAUUGCUGCCAGUGAUAUUAGGGGUUGGGGUCGUGCUCUGUCGGGGGCAGGGAACUGGUUUCCUCAUCUGAGUGUUUGGAGACAGGCAGGGAGAAGGAGGCAGAGACCUGGCAGCCUGUCACAAGUGUGUCAGACCAGGAAGAGGCAGCGUGGCCUCUCCUUAGGGCCUGUGUUUGCUGUACAGAUGCCUUCGUGUUGGGCCCGCAGCCUCGGGACUGUGCGUGUGUGUUAGCCAAAGCCGCCGACAGAGCCCGGGGGGCCGGAACACAACCAUCUGUGUCCCCCGAGGAGUCAGGCUGGGUCUUACUUCCAGGACUUUCCAGGCUGUGUUCACAGUGCCUGGUCCCUGUGCGGGGCGCUGUGUGUGACAGCCAGCACACAUCCUUCAGAGGCACUUGAAAGCACACCUGUCUCUACUCUGCACCCGCCACGUCUCUGCCCUAGGACCUGCGAUCUUUGUACUGGAAAUCCAAGUUGAAGGCAGACGGUGGACACAGGGCCGUGUUUCUGGCGCCAUCUGUGCUUGGGGAAACGUUUUAGUGAGGGCCACCCUGUUGUGUGCUGCAGAGGGAGCAGGAAGUCAAAUGUGGGCGUGUCCCUCCUGGGCCACAGAGUUCGAGGUUCACAGGUAGCAGGUGGAUUUCAGCGGGCCACGCACGUUGCUGUGAAUCUCCUUUAUUCGGGUGUGCCGCUGGGUUCUUUCCUGAGCCGCAUUAAACCCUGAGCUGCUGGAAUCUACCAGGAAAGGUCAAAGGCAGUUUCAGACUUGGCAUCCCACACCUGGACUGUGUCUGGGACCCCCUCCCUUCUUGGUGACUUCCCUCAGGCCUGCGGUUACCACCUGCUGGCCCCGUGUUCCCCGUCUACCAUGACAGCUCUGACUGCUUUCUUGUCCGUGUCCUCUGCCGGACUCUAAGGCCCUCCCUACAGUCUGGCAUCGGGCUGAGAAAUGGGAACGCCCCUACCACCCUGUUGGGAAGACCCCAGCAUCCGUCACACGAGUCUGGGGGCUGCCUCACCCGCUCCGUGUAAUGGAGACUGCAGGUGCCGUUCUUGGGCGUGGUGCCAAGGCCCCCGGUGUGCUUCCGGCAGGCCCUUCUGCAGGCUCUGCUUCCAUAAAGGACUGCGGCACCACUCCACCCCUUUCAGAGGUCUGCUACUAAACCAGCAAACCAAAGGCAGAAGACAGCAAGUGUCGGCGAGGGGUUGGAUGCCUUGUGCAUUAUUGGUGAAAUGUCAAACAGCACAGCUGGGUCGCACCGUUGAGCAUUUCCUGAGAAUAUUAAAUCUAGAUCGUCCAGUGGCCCAGAAGUGUAUAGCCAGAGAACUGAAAGUGCAGACAGGAGAUCACCUGUGUACCAUGCUGGUAGCAUUGUAGAGAGGAUUCAGGAGUGUCCUGUUGCCUGUUGAUGUGUGCGUGGAGUGCGAGUCAGCCUUAGAGAGGAAGGAUAUUCCAGCAUACUGCACAGCACAGAUGGACGGGGCUCGUGAAAUAAGCCCGUCACAGAAGUUGAACUUUGUGGGAGUCCUCUUGAAUGAGGGUUUAGAGUCAUCCAGUUCAAGAAGACGAAGAGUCGAUCAGUGGCCACCAAAGGCUGGGUGAGGAGAGGGUGUGGAGGGAGGGGUAGUGGCUGCGGCAUUGCAGCCCGAGAUGGAAAGAGUUGUGGGGCUGGGUGGUGGCAGUGUCUCCAAGCAUACUUACUGCCACUGCACAUACACGUGAUGGCUACAAUGUGAGUUUAUGUCAUGUGUGUUUAACUAUAACGUACAAAGUCAUAAACAUCACUGAAUGUGGUCAGUGACAGUAACUCAGUCACCAGCAUUUCAGACCUCUCAGCUGACCCAGAUGGUUCAAGAAGCCCCAGCAUGUGUCCAUCCUGGGACCUGCCUUGGCUGGAUUCUCUGUGUGUUCAUACUUGAUGGAUGAGGAUAACGUAAUCAGAUUCUUUAUCAGAUGUAUCCGUUUAUGUAGCGGCUUUGGACUCGUCUUUGAUGAGGUGAUCUGGAAUAGGCCCUGCGGAAAUCAUUGCUGGAAUCAGAUCAGUGCGUGGAAGAGGCGCGAGUCGAGGGUUCGGCCUCAGCUCUCCCCGCAGCAGCUUGCGCACUCACGCAUGCAUCUGAUCCCGCCCACUGCUGCGGACGGUUGCAGGCACGCCCUGUCACUCAGCUGCUCCAGAAGGAAGCUUCAUGACAGUGAACCUUCAAGGUUAGGUUUCUUUAUUUUCCACAUGAAAUAAUUUCUUGGGCUACUUAAACAUGAACCAAGACAGUGCAGUGAAUUAUUUGAAAUAAUUGAAAAAGAGGAUUCAUUUAUAUGAAGUUAAUCUUCGCAGAAAUGGAUAGCCAGAAGAUACUUGGUCACUACACAUCCUAGUGAAUCCCUUGCAGAGGCAGUUGGGAACAGAGACUGGGCGACUGCCUGAGUUUGGAGCUCUGUGUACUCCUUCAGAUUGUGCUGCCCGUAGGGUGGUUAUGGACUUAGGGCUUUGGCACAGUCUCAUGAUGAAACCCUCACUCUUAGUUAACUUAUACUAAUGUAUGAAACAACUUACUAAGUGCACUAAAAUAGUGCUCUCUACUUGAGGACAUAUGCUUAUUGACGUUUCAAAAUCAGUCACAAUUCUUUUUGAUUUACUAUUUCGAAACCUAUAUUCUUAGACUGAAUAAAACUUUACAGAAUAGGAUUGGCCACUUCAUGCUACAAGACCGUACAUGCCCGGGGUCCGGAGUUUCUUGGGGUUUGGUGUGAGAGCUAAAGAAGAAAUGAGAAGGGGCAGUCGUUGGCCUGGUGUUCAGUGUUUCCGCUGCAGCUCCUGACUCCAGCUUCCUGCCAGUGCAGACCUUGUUAGGCAGGGGCGACGGCUCAUGUGGGCAGGUCCCUGCCACCCACUUGGAAACCUGUAUUGGCUGGAUUGAGAUCUCAGUUCCUGCUUUAUCGUGGCCCACCACCAUCUAUUGUGGGCAUUUGGGAAUAAAGUAGUGAUGGAAGAUACCCAGACAUUCCUCUCUCUCACUUUCUCGCUCUCCUUCACUCUCUCAAGUAAGUAAUUGAAAGCUGAAAGAAAAAAAAAAUAGAUGAAAAUGGCAUGUUAUGUGGCAGUCAGACCAGGCAUAGAGACCAUGUGGCUUGGGCUCAUUUAGUAGAUGGAAUGGGAAUAGUAAGUUUUGAUCUGAUAUAUGUCGGGGAAAAGUUAGAAAACAUUCACCAUCAGCAGCUCAGAAAACUAAAUUAAGAACAUAUAUCUUAACUCCAUUCCAGUAGGUAAUGGAGCCUCAGUUGUGAAAUAAAGUCCAUGACCAGAUUUUGUAUUAAAUUUCUCAUUGUAUGAAAAUAAAAAUCACAUGAAUAAUAUAAUUUGUUACAUGAUUUGUCAUCAAAAAUGCUAUAGCAAAGCUUGUAUACACUUGCAUGGCACAAUAAAUCUUUAUCCCAAAGUAAAGAACUUUAUAGAAUUAAAAUCCCUCUGUGAAAAGAGUGCAGUAAUGUAUUGCAUCAAGUAAUACCCGCAUAAGCAAGGCAAAAGUUAUCUCAAAAUACCUACAGUCUCUAAUGCCUUUUAGGUGGUGAAAAAGAAAAACGAAUUUCCAAGGGUCAGCCUGGCAGAUAGAACUGUAAAGAUAUUUGAGCGCUUGGGAGCCUGUGUUUAGAGGAAACAUAAGCAAAGCUACGGUUUGAGAAUGUGUACAUUGGAUUAUUGAAAAACACGAGUACUUUGCAAGAAGCAGUGGGUUGCAGCAGGCCUUCACAGAGGUCUUGUGUAUUGGUCGUUGUUUAUGAUACAAUGUGAGGUUUGCACUUGGCCUUUGCCCCUGGUUCCCGGCCCUCGGGUUCUUUUGGCGGGUAAGAACGUCUUGUUUGGUAGCGGCAUGGCUGGUGGUUAGGGCCCGCAGGGUUUCAGGAUGGGUCUGCUCACCCCGAGUCAGGGCAGAGUUGGUCAGGACCGUGUGCUUGAGGAGAGGAGAGCAGCUGAAGGUUGGGCUGAUCACCAUCGGACAGCGGCAUAAGCAGCUGUGCGUGUGUGACGAAACCUCCAGCCCCAAGGUAGCGGACACAGCAGGCACCUGGGGGUGUCCACCCAGAGAGGGUGGCAGCUCCAUAUGCCUGCCCCGCGUCCUGCCUGAUGUCCUUCUUCCGUGCGCUGUGUGUCUGCACCCUUUGUCGUGCCCUUCACAACAAAUUAGUUAUCGUGCUUCCCUGAGUUCCAUGAGCUUUCCUGGAAAACCUCUCAGCAGACAUUUGUAGGUGCCAGGUAACUCCCUGGGGCCUGGCAGCGGCCAUCAGGAGUGGGUGUUCUCGUAGGUCCCAGCUCUGUCUGGGGGCACCUGCUGCCCUGCCCAGGUGGACACCGUGGAAUUGAGUUGAAUGAGAGGACAGCCAGGUGGUGUCCACUGCAGACCUGGUGGGAGAUGGCACCUGCGUGCCUGCCGGGGUGUGGAGUGAGAGUGGAGGAACACCUUGGUUACCAACCGGCUGACUGUGUGCUGGGUGGUCGGCCACCUGCAGGGUACGUGCUGUGAUUGUUUUUUUCUCUUUCAUAUUUUAUUCUGUGCUGUGUGUUUGGAACUUGGGACACACAAGAGCAAUCAUAAGUAAUUAUCUUUUCUGAAAGAUGAUUUUGAUUACCACUUUUUCUAGUGAUUUCAGAAUGAAAGUAGUUACAUUGAUUUUUGUUUGAUGAUACAGUAUAAUAUGUUUAUCAAUGUCAAACUACGAGGAGUAUCAAGAAAAACUGAUGAAGGUUUAUGGUUCCGGAUCCGAGGUCACCACGGUUAGCAUACUAGGGCAUGUCCUUCCGAGUUUAUCUGUGUAACGGCAACCAUGCGUGCGCCUGUCCUGCAUUUCCCGAAACAAAAGGCACGGAGGUGUGCCGUUACACUUCUCACAUUAUCUGUCCAUAAACCAUCCCUGUUAACUUUGCUACUGGCUACUCAUUAUUACAUUAUAUUAGGGUGUGGCUAUUUACAUAUAAUAUACUCAGUUAUUAUGCAACCAUAUAUCAUACAUUGUAUAAUAUAUGGUGAUGGUAUAUAAUUAUGUAUUCAUGAUUAUUUUGAUAAAUAACCCAGUGUUCAAAGUUUACUUAUUUUUUACUUGAUGAAGUGCAGUUAGAGAGGAAUUUUGUAACCCAUACCUUUCAGAAAUUGGAAGAUCAAGCACUUAUGAAAGCAAGAAUAUAUACCCACAAUGAUUUGGAUAAAAUGUUGAUAAUCAAUGUGUUAUAUACAUGAUCAUGUAUGAAAUGUGUCUUUGUGUUAUUACAUGUAGUAUGUACACUCCUCAUUUAAACUCAUCAAACAAUUAGGAAAGAAGUAUUAGGGUACUUCAAAAAGCUUAUAAAAUAGAAUUAAAAGAAAAUUAUUUUGUUAAAAAGUGAAAUUUAUGAAUAGUUUUUCAUAUUAUGCAUUUCCUGUGAACUCAUAAAUAAUGAAAGAUCACAUAAUUGGGCACAAAGAAACCAUCGAAAUUAAAUUUAAUAUGAAAUGUUAUUGUGUUUAAACUGUGUACAAAGUUAACAGUGUAGAAGGGAGUUCUGUGCCCCCAGAUCCAUGGAUAAAUAUGCGGUAUUGUAUCCAGACAUAGAAACAGAGUGCUGUAGCAUAGCUUACGGAGUGCAGGAGUGGCUGUCCUCUGAGGAAGGUGUGAAAAAUGUAUAGUUUUAGAUACUUUUAUUUUUGGUGUUUUCUGCAGGGUUAGCAAAAUAAAGUCUUAGCUCAUCAGGUUGAACCGUUUAUCACCACACACAUCACACUUGGAGCCGUCUGUUCUUCCCCUCCCCACCUUCCAGCGUGUAUCUCAGUUUCCCUGCCCGUCUUUACCAUUGACGGGCACGUGCAACACCGCUUCUGAGCCCCAGCCCAGCCUUUCUCCUGGCUCCGUUUGUACCGAGGAUUUCCCUCUGUUCUGUGGGUUAUUGCUGGCUGCAGAACAGGAGCCGUGCUCGGGGUUCUAGGUCCUGCACAUACCUCGGCCCACAGAAGCUGGACUCUGGUGACCCAUGCACAUUUUGUCUCUGCUGUGUUGGGGGUAGCCUCAGCUUCUCCAGCUGUCCGGGGAUCAUCUCAGUUCAAGCCUUAGGUUCAGUUUCUUUCUCUCUGUUAAGGCCAGCGUAGCCCUUUGCAGACUUUGCAAUUAUAUCUGUAGAUAAACACAAAUAUGCAUUCCUUAAUCUUUUCAUUUUGAAAAUGUACUAUAACUUAUAGUAGGUUGUGGGGAUAUGAGAAACCUGAAUAAACAAAACUAAAAAGGACAUGGAAAAGGAAUCAGUGCAGCCACGGAAGGGCCCUGGGAAGACGCUAUCCCGUGUAACAACCCCGGUUAUGUCUGACACAGCGGGGGCUUGGUAAGGGACAGGCCUCUGUGAGUCCACACCGUCUGCGCCAGGGCCUCCGGGGCUCCUUGUGAAGGUGCUCGAUGCCCAGAGCCCCUGGCUGUGCUGUUGGCUCUGCGCUGGAGACCUCAGCCCACAGCUCGUGAGCCUCACUUGUCAGGGGCUGCGUGCUCAGUCAGCUUCCUCCAGGGCUAAAAUGAAGGCAGAGGAUGGGAAACCGUGCCAAGUUCCUCAACAACUAUAAGUCGAACCUAGGUUGGGGCGACCUGGUACCCUGUCUCCAAAGACAGAGUGGAGGGGGAGGCACGGAGAGGCCCCAGAGGGUUGUGAAGUGCCAGCCCUUCCUUCCGUGCUGCUGGUGGACAAGACGCAUGGUCUGGGGAGAGGAAGCUAAACCGCAGCUCGUGUGGCAGAGAGCAGCGAGCUCCAGAAGUCUGGUUCCUCACUGCCCUCCACCUGCGGGCUUCCUGCCUCUCGCGGCUGAGUCCUCGCGGUUCGCAGACUGGCCUUGCGUACGGCAGGCUGUGGGGAGCACAGCGCGGUGUCCCAGCACAAGGGGCUUGCGUUCUCGGGAGUAUAAUUGCAGGUAGCAAGUGGUGGCAGUGACUAAUUGCUUUCCUUGUACUGUGGCCAUUUCAGAGGGGUUUGUACUAAUAAGCACAUUUCAUUUUUAUAUGGAAUGUGGCCAUGCUUGCAGCACUGUGUGAAAAAUUAUGGAUGAGACAAUAUUUCAGUUCAGAGAACUUUGGGAAAAUUCCUUUAGGAUAAAACAAGAAAAUAGUGGAAAAACAGGAAAGAUAUAAAGUAUUUGAAUCAAGGAACAUUGCCUCCCUUCUCUCGAUGCUUAGAAUUAAAUUACCAUAUAGCAUCAUAUUAUGUUACAGCAGAACAUGAAAUGAGGAUAUCUCAAAAAGGUUGUGGGAAAAUCUAUGAAAAGAUGACUUGACUUUGCUACAGAAAUAAUGUGGUAUUGAAAAGUUGUUUUUGUGCCAAAAUUAGCCAUCUCCUCUGAUUUUAUUUAUAUGUUUUUAUUUGUGUUAAAGACAGAGCUGGAGAGAUAAAGAGAAAGCAAGACCUUCCUGCUGGUUCACUUUCCAGAUGCCCGUAACAACCAGCGCUGGCCAGACUGAGGCCAGGAGACAGGAACCCCACCCGGGGCUCGCACAUGGGUUGCUUGGACCCAAACACUUGAGUUGUGGUCCGCUGCCUCCUAGCGUGGGCAUCGACAGGAAGCUGAAUGGGAAGCAGAGGUGUGAUGCCGUCCCAGGCGCUCCAGUAUGGGCUGUGCGUAUCCCAAAUGGCAGCUUAACCGCUGUGUCUCAAACCCACCCCUACACUUGCACAUUUCCGUUAAGUUGUGGAAGUGCCCUUAUAUACACAUACACACAUAGGAUACGCGUGAUACAUGGAUGCACACGCUAUAUGCACACACAGCUUGUGGCCAAUUAUGAUUUGUGUACAUAGCUUACUCUUCUCUAAGAUGUGUAACACGUUCCUGCAGGAGAGAAAACUGUUAAAAUGGUAGUAAGCAAUAGUGACGAGGUAUUUUUUGCUUUAAGAAUAAAAAACAAGCUAGAGUGUUGAAGUACAGCUAAAUUUUACAUGUAGUUUAGAGUAUACAACAAGACAGUUUUAAUAAUUAUCUUGAGGAGUGUGUGGAGAGAUGCAUUCAGUGUGAUCCCUCUGCUGCCCAGGUCUGGGGCCAGCUGGGAGAGAGGACACAGGGGCAGAGUAACGGAGGCCACCAUCAGCUCUGCUGGGUGAUGGAGGGCGCAGCAGAUGCCCCUCUGUCAGGUUGCUUCUGCCUCAUGUGGGGCAGUCUGUUCAGAUACAGAGGUCCUGGAGGACUGGCGCUUCCCCCUUACGAGUGGCGCUUACCUAGCGAGCUGACCACGCAGCUAAGGAGGGGCCGGAGUGCUCCCAGUGCUCAGACCGUGAGGAAGGCACGAGGAGCAGCAGAGCCAGGCGUGCACCACUGUUCUCCUGCCCCACCCUGCUGUGAGUCCUGCCUUUGCGUGGACGGAAGUCGUGGAUAAAGGGGGUGAGUGGCAUCCCCAGGCCAUUGCUCCUGCCAACAUCCUUCCUGGUCGUGAGCACAUGGAAAUGGAAGCUGGCUUCCAAAACAUUGUUAGGAAAGGGCUUUUCCUGUGUGAAAGACAGAGGUUUGGAUCACAGAAUAUUGAACUGUGGGCCACCUGUCACCUCACAGUCAGCAGGGUUUAUUCACAUUGGUAAAGGCUCCAGGAGGCCCCCAUGCCGGCAGACACGAGCGGAGAACAGUCGACUGCUCAGCACCUGGUGUUUCCUCAUUGCGGGAGCAAAUGCACCGGGUUGUCCCCAUGGUAAUUCUCAUGGGCUCUGAGGGUUUGCCUGGGAAAGGUGAAGCCCAAAGCCAUCGCCGGAAGACAGCCCCUGGGGCAGUGAGCCGGGACGGGUGCCCCCUAGUGGCUGUGUAGAGAUAGCAGUGCUGCGCCGUGCAGCUGCUCCGUGUGCUGUCGCAGCCACAUCUCCUUUUCCUUGCAGUCUGGGCUGGAACCGAAGCCACGGAGGAGUUCCUGGGUCGAGCGAGUCAGCACUGCUACUGGCCGGCGCAGACUGAACUCACUUGGUUUAUUGUGUGUCUAAAAAGGAGCUACAUAUUUGCAAAAUAUUCCGAGUGGUGUCUGUGUGGUACUAAAUUAUGUCAGGGGACAUGUGACAAACUACAUAUUGUGAUGUAUGAGAGAACUUGAAAAACUCAUGGCAAAUGGAAUGCAAAGAUACAUUUAUUUUGGUGCAGAAUUUUUGAAGUCUAUGUAUGUGUGAUAUCCUCAGAAAAGUUCUUGAAAGUGCAUAUUGUGAAUAUAGCCAGAUUAGUUUUUGAUGUAGAGGGGUAGUUAGAAAGAGCUGGCUAUGAAAUCUGCCAUGACCACUCGCUGUUUGUCUUAGAACUCAUAAUGAUCCCCUUUUAUUGUAUUUAUCUGAAGGGCAGAGUGAGAGCAAGAGAGAGAGUCAGAGGUAGAAUGCUUCAAUCCACUAAUUUACUCCCCAGAUGUCACCAGCAGCCAGAGCUAGGUCACGCAGAAAUAAGGAGCCAGGACCUCCAUCCAGGGCUCCCGUGUGGGUGGCAGGGGCCCGAGCCAGGACCUCCAUCCAGGGCUCCUGUGUGGGUGGCAGGGCCCGACUCCUUGAGCCGUCAGCGUCUGCCUCCAGGGCGUGCCUUGGCAGUAGGCUGCCUCAGACGCAGAUAGGGAGCUCAGACUGAGGCACUGCAGUAUGAGAGGCAGGCGUCCCAAGUGGCUGCUCUGUCCACCGUGCCACAACGUUCCCUGAUCCCUUUUUGCUAGGGCUUAUUCUUCCCUUGUGCUGUGGUGUGCACAAUAAUGGCUCCCAGAGCUGCCCACAUCCUCGUCCCUGAUUCCUGUGAGUGUGUUAGGUUAUAUGCUGCUGUGGUCUCAGUACGCCCAACCUGACCUCAUGCCUAGUUCCCACAGCCUGUGAACAGGUUCUGCUGUGAGGUGCUGUGGUGUGAGCACGUUAGGUUAUGUGGUGCUGUGUUAUAAGUAUGUUAGGGUACAUGAAUCUGGUGUGAAUGUGUUAGGUAUUAUGGGUUAUAUGGGGAGCGCGUUAGGUUAUGUGGUGCUGUGUUAUAAGUAUGUUAGGGUACAUGAAUCUGGUGUGAACGUGUUAGGUAUUAUGGGUUAUAUGGGGAGCGUGUUAGGUUAUGUGGUGCUGUGUUAUAAGUCUGUUAGGGUACGUGAAUCUGGUGUGAAUGUGUUAGGUAUUAUGGGUUAUAUGGGGAGCACGUUAGGUUAUGUGGUGCUGUGUUAUAAGUCUGUUAGGGUACAUGAAUCUGGUGUGAAUGUGUUAGGUAUUAUGGGUUAUAUGGGGAGCGCGUUAGGUUAUGUGGUGCUGUGUUAUAAGUAUGUUAGGGUACAUGAAUCUGGUGUGAAUGUGUUAGGUAUUAUGGGUUAUAUGGGGAGCGCGUUAGGUUAUGUGGUGCUGUGUUAUAAGUAUGUUAGGGUACAUGAAUCUGGUGUGAAUGUGUUAGGUAUUAUGGGUUAUAUGGGGAGCACGUUAGGUUAUGUGGUGCUGUGUUAUAAGUCUGUUAGGGUACAUGAAUCUGGUGUGAAUGUGUUAGGUAUUAUGGGUUAUAUGGGGAGCAUGUUAGGUUAUGUGGUGCUGUGUUAUAAGUCUGUUAGGGUACAUGAAUCUGGUGUGAAUGUGUUAGGUAUUAUGGGUUAUAUGGGGAGCGCGUUAGGUUAUGUGGUGCUGUGUUAUAAGUAUGUUAGGGUACAUGAAUCUGGUGUGAAUGUGUUAGGUAUUAUGGGUUAUAUGGGGAGCGCGUUAGGUUAUGUGGUGCUGUGUUCUAAGUAUGUUAGGGUACAUGAAUCUGGUGUGAAUGUGUUAGGUAUUAUGGGUUAUAUGGGGAGCGCGUUAGGUUAUGUGGUGCUGUGUUCUAAGUCUGUUAGGGUACAUGAAUCUGGUGUGAAUGUGUUAGGUAUUAUGGGUUAUAUGGGGAGCGCGUUAGGGUACGUGAGUCUGUGGUGUGAGCGUGUUAGGAUGCGUGGUGAUGAGGUACGAGUCUGUUAGCAUGUGUGAUUCUGUGGUGUGAGCGUGUUAGGUUAUAUGUGAGUAUGUUAGGUUACGUGUUGCUGAGGUUUGAGUGUUUUAGGGUUUGUGAUUCUGUGGUGUGAGCGUGUUAGGUUAUAUGUGAGUAUGUUAGGUUACGUGUUGCUGAGGUCCGAGUCUGUUAGGGUACGUGAUUCUGUGGUGUGAGCGUGUUAGGAUGCGUGUUGCUGAGGUCCGAGUCUGUUAGCAUGUGUGAUUCUGUGGUGUGAAUGUGUUAGGUUAUAUGUGAGCAUGUUAGGUUACGUGUUGCGGAGGUUUGAGUGUUUUAGGGUUUGUGAGUCUGUGGUGUGAGCGUGUUAGGUGACAUGGUGUAGAGGUGUGAGUGUACCCACCCAGGCUGAAGUUAACAUUUAAUCCCCACUGUGAAGCGUUAAGACCCUUAAGAUGUUACUAGUUCAUGGGGCCUCUCCUCAUGAGUGGAUUUGUUGAUUAUUGGGUCAGUGAGUUACUGAGAAAGGGAGUGUGCACUGACCCUGCCUCUGGGUUGCACCCCUCUUGCCAUGGCGUGUCCCGCCUCCCUCUGAAACUGCAGGGAGCCUCCAUCAGCACGUAGGCCUCAGGUACGGCCCCUUGACUCUGGGCCUCCAAGCCGCCAGAGUGUCCACUGAAUAAACCUACAUUCUAUCAAGAUUAUCCCGUCCGUGGUACUUGUUUGUGUCGCUAGAGAAGAGAUGGACAUCCCUGGCAGGGGACAGGGAGGAUGCUAAUCAGCCCACCUGGCUGAGCUGCGGCACCCUGGGACCACAGGGUCUGACAGCGUCUUGGAGGCAGAUGAGCCCAUGGAGAACCAGAGACGGGGGGAGCAGCUUGGGCAGCACUGAGCCCGACAGCUCAGAUGGUGCACAAAGGUGUCGGGCACCCCCCACCCCUGCCCGGGGGGAACACGGCCCACGGCCUCCUGGUAGAGCUGCCGGGGAGCGGUGGGCCCGGGCCAACACCUUGACUGUAGCCCCGUGAGGUCGGUUUCAGGCAUCUGAGUGCAGACUGGUGAGAUAGCAGGUUUGUGCUAUUUUGUGCCACUGAUGUCAUGGUCACUUGCCAUGGCAGCCACAGGAUAACAGCCUGUCUGUGAUGUUCAAAGUCUCUUGGCAGUGCACGUGGAGGGCUUCAUCCGGAGUCUUAGGGCACAAUCAGUAAUUGUAGCUGCUGUUCAUAUAAUUAUUCUUAUAGUUAGUGGUGCUGUAUUAUUUUAAUUUAGUGAUAGAGCCAGUCAAAGUUAGGAAGUGCACUGCAGUCCACAUAAAACUCGCAGAGUGCUUAGAUCCACUGGUUUGUGGUAUUCCAGGGAGUGAUUGGAAAGCUUCAUACUGGCGGUAGGCAGGAUAUAAACUGUGAUAACUAUUAACAUUUAAAGAAAACAGAAACCACAGGAGAGUCUCAGUAUUCUUUUUAUCCUACUGAGCACUUUAAUGAAUAUAUUUAAAUACUUGGAAUAAAUUUCUGUGUUUAUUCAACAAAACUUGAUAGCAUCAAAAUUCCUGAGGCCGUCAGAUACUCAGAAUUUCCAUUUUUACAUUACCGACCGCUGAAUGUAUCUGAUUUCCAUGCGCUGAAUUUUGAGAGAGAUCAUUUAGCUAGCACUUCUCCUCGCUGGUCCCAGAGACAAGGGAAAUCAAGCCCAUCAAUUUUAUUCCCAAUGACUUCAGCUGUCCAGCAUUUCAAACAUGAUUAUUCCAUGGGACAGAUGUGCUCUUCCACUGUUUUAAAGUUAAACAUCUUUAAUGAAGAUUAGCAUAGCCAUUUAUACCAGAGAAUACUAACAAGUCCGUGUGCUGGAGAAUUUUAGUUUUUUACUUUUUUUGUGGUAUGGGAUUCAUCUUGGGGGUUUCGGCAUCAGGGAAGAGUGUUGAAUGGUAAGCUUACGGUGCACGUUUCUUUCGUGAUAUCCCUUCUUUGAAACACAUUUUCAUGGUUCUCUCCGUUGGUGGUAAGUUCUCUGCUUUUCCACUCUACUAAAACUACAGGAGGUUUAAGCGACGCUGUGCUCAGCUGCUAAAGUGAUGCGGCCUGGGCAGCUGGGUGGGGCCGUGCAUGGAGGGCCCAGGGCGGAGCUCAAUGCACUCACUGCUCUGCUUCCUCCUUCCUCCGUCCCGUGCACGGUGGACGCGCGACGUCAGGGAGUCCACGUGAGACAGCCUGGGGCGACACCGUUUGAGCACUUAUAUGAACAGAAACUCCUGUAGAGCAUUCUGGGCUUUGUAGUGAGAGCCUGCUACACAGAUGAGUCGGGAGGCCCAGCCUCUCCACACUCAGGGCGUAAGACGCAGACGACUGAGAGUAGAAGUCAUGGAGCGCAGCUGUUCUUUGAUGCGUAGUGAGGAAUCUCAGUGCAAAUCAGGGUCUCAAAAAAUUUGUGUUUGUUGCACGUUAUCGGAUACAGAAAUUGCUGCCAGUUGAUGUUUUGGAAAGAUAGUGAAAGAUUCAGAAAAAGACAGAGUUUCCAAACAGAUUUGCACCGGAGUUCAAGGGUGCUGCACUGAGCUUGUUUUGAGGACCUGGGGUUGGGGACUGUUGAAGCAGACCCUCAGCAGUGUAAAAUAAACUGAUCACAGCAUGUUUACCGCGGCACCUCUCUCAUUGACUCGGAGGGACAGAAGCGGAGACGUGCAGCUGCUCACUGGUUUUGGGGAUUUCCUUGGUGUCGCGUUCUGUCGGCACUCGCUUGGCGCACGGCCUGUUUGGCCCUGUUUCUGUUCUCCUCGGGUGGCUUUCUGUUGUGUUUGGGCUCUUGGCUUCUCUCUGUAUCUGCUGCUCUGAUGCGUCCUGUACUGGCAGGUGCUUUCGUGGUUAUUUGAGUGUCACGUUGGACUCCUUUCAGUGUUUCUUGCAGGGCUGGUCUGGUGGUGAUGAGCGCCUUAGUUGGAAGUUUUCUUCUUUCAGGACGUUGAUAUGUCAUCGCAUUCUCUCCUGGCCUGUAGGUUUCUGCUGAGGAGUCUGCUGCUUGUCGAGUGGAUUGCGGUUCACACGUGACACGGCAUUUUGAAGGAUUUAGGUUUCCCUCUUUUCCUUACCUCUGGACAGUUGACUGUGUUGGGCCUCUCACAAGCUCUUUCAUGG